AUGAAGCAGAGGCAGCGAAGAUCUAUGUUGGAUAUUAAAACAAAAGUAUUGACAGCAUUACAUUUUUUUGCAUAUGGUAGUUAUAGACGGAGAGCUGGACAAAAUUUGUAUGUUGCUAUAAGUCAAGAAUCUGUAUCUAGAUGUAUUAAUGAAGUAGUAGAUGCAUUAAAUCAGGCAGAUAUAACGAACCAGUGGAUUAAAUUUCCCAGAAUUUUAAAUGAAUUAAAAUAUUUAAGACAACAAUUUUAUGAUAGCCAUAGAUUUCCUGGAGUAAUUGGAUGCAUAGAUUGCACUCACGUAGCUAUUUUUCCACCAAAGAUUCGUGAUGCUAUAAAUCCUGAACUAUACGUUAAUAGAAAAGGAUAUCAUUCCAUAAAUGUACAAUUGGUAUGUGAUUGGCGUUUAAAAAUAUUAAAUAUAAAUGCUCGCUACCCUGGAAGCACACACGAUACAUACAUAUGGAAUAAUUCUGAUUUAAAAGUAGGAAUGGAAAGAAUCAACAGACAAUGGUCAAAUAUGACAUUUUUCCUUCUAGGUGAUUCUGGUUAUCCUCUACGACCUUGGUUAUUAACUCCAAUCAUUAAUGCAGAAGCAAAUAGUCCAGAAGAAAGAUACAAUAGGAGUCAAAUGUCUUGUUGA